AUGGCGGAUGUACGCUCGCUCUUGCGCUCCGAACUCGCCUCUAGAGGUCAGCCGAAAGGCAAGAACAGGCCCGCGAAAACUUCCACAGCCACAGGACCCCCGCCUACAUCACUGAGCAAGAAGCGGAAAGCCGCCGAUGACGGAGAUGAAGGAAGAAAAAGGGCGAGAGUCGCGCCAAUGAAUGGCUUCCUACCUGAAGGCUUCUUCGGAGAGGACACCGAUGCAGCCGCAGCCGCCGUAGAGCCCAACGCCGAGGUUGCUCCAGCAGUAGGUGCUCCAAUUGAAGAUACGUCGAGUCCGCCGGAUGUACCAAUGCUACCACCGCCCACGCCCGACAACCAGCCUGCGGUCACGGCCGAGGUAGACGAGGAUGAAUGGGCCGCGUUCGAGCGAGACAUAGCGGUACCGCUGCCGGAACCACCAGCCAUCGCAGCUUACAGUUCCGCAGCAACAAUACAGGCGGCACCGAUGUCAGCGGAAGAGCUUGCAGCACAGGCUCGGGAGGGGCAGGCUGAGCAUAGAGGACGCCGGGAAGCCGAGUUGGAAGCGGAGAAGGAAGACGCAGCACGGCAUCUCGAAGAGGAGUUUGAUGAGAUGGAAGCAUUGGAGGCACGAGCGAGAAGACUAAGGGAGAGGAGGGAGCAGUUGCGGAGGGCCAGUUUGAGUACAGCAGAGGUUGUGCCAGCCGCGGAGACUUCCAAAAAACCGAGUCCUCGAGAAGCAGAGCUCGACGAUGGGGAGGAAGAAGAGGAUGAGGACGACGUGGACGAAUGGGCUUUCGGAGCACGGUAA